CCGUCAACCUCUUGGCAGCCGAGCUGCCGCCGCAGGACGCGACCGACGCAAUGUACGGCGUGACGGGCAGCCCGUUUGCCUUUGGCGCUGCAUUCUACCGCGACGUCAUCACGUGGGCUCUCAUCACCGUCCUCUCGAAGCACACGAUCGCCCAGUGCUCCUCGCCCGUCGACACGUACCCCGGCGAGAGCCUCCACCUCGUCGGCGGCUCGCUCCUCGAGACGGUCGGCAACUUUGGCACCGUCGGCGGGAUGGAGGCGAUGGGCCUCGUCGGCGGCAACCGGCAGACGAGCGUGCAGAACGAGAUGCUGAUCGUCGCCGCGAAACCGGACGCGGUGCGGUUCGGCUACACGCCCACGCUGCGCAGGAUGUCCGCUGAGCUCUCGGGCCUGUGGGAGGAGGUGACGGGAGAGAUGCAGGCGAGCUUCCCGGAGAUGGCGAGCGGGCCGGACACAAACAACAUCCAGAACGUCUCCUUCGUCUACGGCGCCGGUAAGUGCAUUCCCUCCUCGACAUGGGUGUAGGCUAUGCGCUUAGGGCUGUAGCGGCUCGAGAGGCGGCAGGUACCACAGGGUACAGAUUCGCUGAGAUGGCCGAUCUCAAUGGUUUCACUUUUGUUUAGUGCCGCAUGUAGUGGCUCGUGUGAGAGCCUGCGUGGACACACACGGUAGAGCCUAUGCACAUAAAUAACUAAAUGCGACAGUCACUCUGAGACGACGGAUAUGGGAUUUGAGCCGUAUUGCAAUAUGCUCAAUGCGAUCAUCACAUGAAAUAUAAUAACCACUCCCAACCCCUAGCCGCUAGCGAUUCUGAACUGGAGAAAUCACCGUGAGAUUCGUGAGAUCUUGUUGGUUGUCAAAAAUCUCUCUCUGAACUGGG